ACAACCACAACCAGCGCCAUUGAACCGGCACUACCCUCGGCACCAACAGCUCCAACAGGUACAGAAGUGGCAAGAUGCGUGGCGUCAGUGGAGUGUUAGCGGUGUCCAUCGCAUUGCUGGUCAGCUGCAGUGCUGAUCCUCAUCAGGAAUCGGAAGUGAGCAACAGCGAACAUAAUUCGGGCGAUCGUUACGACGGAACUGACUACCGCAAGGAAGAACUAGAAGAUUUCAUACGAUUUCUAGUCCGAUAUGAAGCUGAUCGUAAUAUAAACGGAAUAGGUGGAAAUACCUUGCUUGGAAGAAAUCUUAAUGGCGUAGGGGGUAGUUCACUGUUGGGUAGAAACCUUGCUGGAAUCGGUGGAUCCUCAUUAGUGGGAAGAAAUUUAGCAAUGAGUGGCACAAGCUUCUGGCAAGGCAGAAACCUGCACGGUAUCGGAGGAUCAGGCCUAGCAGGCAGAAAUUUAAAUGGAGUAGGUGGCUCUUCUUUGCUUGGAAGAGAGAUAGAGGGGAAUAGAUACUCGAGAUUCCUUGAUUCACUUGGAGGUGGCAAUCUUGUACGUAACUUGGACUCCCUUGGUGGAGGAAAUCUUGUAAGAAAUUUAGAUUCGCUUGGAGGCGGUAAUUUAGUCAGAAAUCUCGAUUCCCUCGGUGGUGGUAACCUCGUGCGAAACUUGGACUCCAUCGGAGGUGCUAACAUGGUGAAGAAAAACCUAGAUCAACUCGGAGGCCCCAAUUUAGUGAAGAGAAAUCUAGAUUCAUUGGGAGGUGGAAAUUUGGUCCGGAACCUGGACUCCUUGGGUGGUGGCAACUUAGUGCGCGAGUUGGAUUCCAUUGGCGGCGCUAAUUUAAUAUAAUUUUAUAAUAAGAAUCCUUACCACCAAUUUUAAAAUAAAUCAUAAUUCCAUAAAACAUACAACGUAAAAAAUGUGAUACCUACAGUUAACUUUUUGAGUACUAGUUGAAUUUUGUCGUUGUUUAUCCUCGAUGUUAACAAUUAUAUAAAAUAAAUUAUAGCAACAUUUAA